UGAGCCUUUGUCAUGCAAAGUGGCCAGUAGUCGGUCUGGUAGAGACUACUUCGGAAGAGUGCUGAAAAAUCGCAAGCAAGUCUGUCGGCAGGAUAACAGGACGAUGUGGUUAAUUACUCUCUCUGUGAGUCUGUUGGUUGUAAUGUUCGUAAACUGGUUAAUGGACUACAUCAAAAGAUGGCGGAUGCCCCCUGGACCGUUUCCCUGGCCAAUCAUUGGAAAUCUUUCCAUGUUCUCUGGCAAGUCCCAUUUGACCUUCAUCGACCUUGCCAAGAAGUAUGGCGACGUUUUUAGCCUGAAGCGGGGCAUGACGGACGUGGUGGUGCUGAACAGCGUGGAUGCCUUACGGGAAGCUCUGGUGGAGAAGAGUGUUGCGUUUGCAGGCAGGCCACAUCUACAAUCUUCUGAAAUAAUGUCGGAGGGUAGGAGAGACAUGGCUUAUACUGACUACAGUCCAGCCUGGAAACAGCAUAGAAAGCUCGUCAAGAGUGCUCUCAGGGAAUGUGCAUCGGAUAAAAACCUGGAAACACAAGCCCAUGUAGCCCUUCGGGACAUCAUUGAUGAACUUGUGAGUGUCGAGAGUCAAGCAGUGGAUCUUCAUAUGCACAUCAACAAUCUGGUCUACAAUGUUGUCUGUCCAAUUGCCUUCGGUGUCAGAUUCGACCUGGAGAACGAGGAUUUUCAGCACCUGGCAGGGACCGAAGAAGAUACUUACAGUAACAGUCCUGUCGGUGACAUCUACCCUUCUCUUCGAUUCCUUCCUAAUCGAGCAAAGACUAACUUGCAGAAGCUUACGGGCCCCUUUGUGGAAUAUUUUAAACAUCAAGUGGACCGCCACCGGCAGGAAUUCAACCCAGAUAAUCCGCGUGACGUCACAGAUCACAUGAUCAAGGCUCAGAAGGAGGCUGAAGAGGAUGGUGCCCACGACAUCACUGCUCUGACAGACACUCAUCUUAGGCAGAUUGUAGUUGAUGUCUUUUCGGGCGGAACGGAAACCACGACACAUGCCCUACGCUGGGCCAUCCAGUUCUUUGCUGCCCACCCGGAGAUACAGGAGAAGGUGGCUGCUGAGUUAGACAGUGUGGUGGGCCGUGACAGGCUGACUGGGCUUGGUGACCGCCAGAAUACUCCAUAUACGGAGGCCACCGUCAAUGAAGUACUGAGGAUGGGAAUCCCUGAUCCAUUGUCCCUACCGCGUGCUACGACUCAAGACACGUCACUGCGAGGUUACCAUAUUCCGAAGGGCACGAUGGUACUGCCGAACUUGUGGGCGCUUCACCACGACCCCGACAUCUGGGGGGAUCCCCACACCUUCCGUCCCGAACGUUUCUUGGAUGAGAGUGGCAAGCUGAUGCCAAAGCCUUUUGCAUGGAUGCCUUUUUGUGUUGGUCGCCGCGCAUGCCCAGGAGAGAAAAUGGGUAUGGCCGAUACGUAUCUCCUGUUGGGCGGACUGGUCCAAAACUUCCACUUCAGCUUUCCGGUUGGUGAGAGGCCAGAUGACGCGGAUGCACCAUACAAAGUGGUGGUGACCUGCCGGAAAUAGAUACAGCACUUCCGGAAAUGAUUAAGGUCUCAGUUUUUGGCCUAUUGGGAUUUAUAUGGUUAAGGACCCCAAGGUGAUGAGGUUCGACGCCUCAAAAUUUGUAGCAGGUUGCAGAAACAAUUUUUAAGAAUUCAAUAUGUUGAAGUCCAGGGUACAGUCUACAGAAUAUCUAAAAAUUAGCAUAGAUUUGCUGGCUCAUUAUUUAUACAUUUAUUUGACCCCCAGCGGAGUUUAUGUGCCGCACUACUUUAUACCCGAGCACGGGGGUCGUAAAUAAACACUGUUGUACCGAGACAGAGUCGCCGAACACACUUAGUAAAACCGGUGGCAAGUAUAUAUAUUAUGGUGCUUAUGGCGACUUAAGUUUUGGUACAAGAAGAACUGUUAGUAGGUUUAGAACUUGAGAGGGUUGAAACUGCAAUGUAUACUGUUACUUUCGGAGACGAUUUUCUAUUCAUAUAUUUCUAUGUGCUUGUAUGGGUGAGGUAUUUAAAGCUAUUGGAUUAUGUGUGUGAUACUAGUGAGUCAGAAUUUGUAGUUGUUCAGUUCAAUAUUUGUGGAUGUAUUGCAUUAUUUAGGAAUGACGAUAUAUAUAGAAUUGUUGUUAGAAUGCUAUACUGUAAAUGCAGAAAUGUUCGCGGUGGAUUAAUGUUCGCGGUUUUCGCGGUGACCACAUUACCGCGAAAUUAAAACCACCGCGAACAUUUUCCUAUAAUGGUAUUAGACUGCAGUCUAUGGUGUUACCGCGAACUUAAAUCCACCGCGAAAAGUCCCUUUUCCCCGCUACCGCCUAAUUAAAUCCCCGCGAACUUAAAUGCAUUUACAGAAUUCCGGUGUUUACAUAAAUAAAUUUAGCUACAUUAUAACUUA